CCGGGUGCCACCUGCGUUACGACCACCUGGUGAUCUCCCCCCACACGCCCGCCAUGCCAAUGACAACCUUUUUACUACAAGUGGCCUGCCAUGACACAGCCCAGAUUGCGCAAUGAGUCUUUCACUUUGAUGUCCACGCACGCACACACACACACACAGGUUGUGAGUCAUAAAAAAAAAAGGGGAAAAAAAAGCAAGAGAGAAAUGUCAGACGGGAAUUGGGUAGGGAGUGGAAUGCGAGGCGUUUGGGAGGGGAAGAGCAGCCAAUGUGCUGCUCUGAAUCUUGAGGAGGAGAGCGGCUGGUAAAGUGAGCGAGGGGGAGCGAGCGAGGGCUGAAGAUGUCAUUCCGAGCAGGCAGGAUUCCUGAAGUCAUGCUUCCGGAUCCUCCGCCGGGUCUCAGUCAGGAGCGAGGGCGCCGCAGCCACAUCAGCCGCACCUAGCCGGGGGUUCCAGGGCACAGGGGGCGGCGGGCCAUCGGUAGAAGAGGGUGCCCCCUCCCCCCCCCUCCGGGAGGCAAAAAUCAUGAGCGUUCCCAUGUUAAAGAUCGGGGCGGUGCUCAGCACCAUGGCGAUGGUCACCAACUGGAUGUCUCAGACUCUUCCGUCUCUGGUGGGACUCAACGGGACCGCCAUCGCCUCCAGAGGGGGCACGUCGGAGAGGAUCGUUAGCGCGCUGUACCCCAGCCCGGAGGAAGGCUGGCAGAUCUACAGCUCGGCGCAGGGCACAGAUGGGAAGUGCAUCUGCACGGUGGUGGCGCCGGCGCAGAGCGUGUGCAACCGCGACCCACGCAGCCGGCAGCUCCGCCAGCUCAUGGAGAAGGUGCAGAACAUAAGUCAGUCCAUGGAGGUGCUGGACUUGCGGACCAACAGGGACCUUCAGUACGUGAGGGAGACCGAAGGAAUGAUGAAGGUGGUGGACGGACGGCUGAAGGUGGCCUCGGACAACCCCCGAGGUCUCAAUCCAAAAGGAUUUCAGGAGUUAAAAGACAAGGUGAGCGAGCUCCUGCGCCGCCUCCCCGUGCUGGAGCAGUACAAGUCCGACACCAAGAUGAUCCUGCGCCUGCGAGAGGAGGUGAGGAACCUGUCCUUGGCCCUGAUGGCCAUCCAGGAGGAGAUGGGGGCCUACGACUACGAGGAGCUGCGCCAGAGGGUCCUGCUGCUGGAGACCCGCCUGCACUCCUGCAUGCAGAAGCUGGGUUGCGGGAAGCUCACGGGCGUCAGUAAUCCCAUCACAGUGCGAGCGUCAGGGUCCAGGUUUGGCUCCUGGAUGACAGAUACCAUGAUCCCCAGCUCUGACAACAGGGUGUGGUCCAUGGACGGUUACUUCAAGGGCCGUCGAGUCCUGGAGUACCGCACCAUGACCGACUUCAUGAAGGGCCAGAACUUUGUCCAGCACCUCCUCCCGCACCCCUGGGCGGGCACGGGCCACGUGGUCUACAACGGCUCGCUGUACUACAACAAGUACCAGAGCAACAUCGUCAUCAAGUACCACUUCCGCUCCCGGAGCGUGCUGGUGCAGCGCAGCCUGAGCGGCGCCGGCUACAACAACACCUUCCCCUACUCCUGGGGCGGCUCCUCCGACAUCGACCUGAUGGUGGACGAGAACGGGAUGUGGGCGGUCUACACCACCAUCCCCAACGCGGGCAACAUCGUCAUCAGCCGCCUGGAGCCGCAGACUCUGGAGGUUCUGCAGACGUGGGACACCGGCUUCCCCAAGCGCAGCGCCGGCGAGUCCUUCAUGAUCUGCAGCACGCUCUACGUCACCAACUCCCACCUGGCGGGCGCCAAGAUCUACUUUGCCUACUACACCAACACGUCCAGCUACGAGUACACGGACAUACCCUUCCACAACCAGUACUCGCAUAUCUCCAUGAUGGACUACAACCCCAGGGAGAGGGUCCUCUACACCUGGAACAAUGGACAUCAGGUGCUCUACAACGUCACACUGUUCCAGGUUAUCAAGACUUCUGGGGACUGAGAGCCCGGCUUAGACUAACAACGUUUGGGGGGGAGGGCCAAAGGGGUACAAGUCG